AUGGGCGCGGUGCGGGUCCGGGGCAUGCAGGACCUCACCGGUGAUGGAGGGGUGCGCAAGCAGGUGCUGCGCUCUGGCACCGGGCAGCUUGUGCCCCCCGACUCCUCUGUAGAAGUGAAGUACUCUGGAUACUUGGAAGACUCAGCUGAGCCUUUCUGCACAAACCGCAACCUCAAGGUUCCUGAGCUGAUGAAACUUGGAAAGGACAUUACACUGUGGGGCCUGGAGAUUGGCCUGCUGACGAUGAGGAAGGGAGAGACAGCAAGAUUUAUCUUCAAACCCAGUUAUGCCUAUGGGCAGCAGGGCUGUCACCCUGUCAUCCCCCCAGAUGCCACUGUUACCUUCGAAGUGGAGCUGCAGGACUUCAUAAACUCGGCUGAAUCCGACGCCUUCUUUGAGUUGACUCCUGAGCAGCAGGAUACGUUUCCACUAGAAAAGGUGUUGAAAGUGGCAGACGCAGAGAGGCAGCUGGGCAACUUCCUCUACCGUAAGAGAAACUUUGAGUGUGCCAGAGACAGAUACAAAAGGGUCUUGUCCAUCCUUGGUCGCAGCUCCUCCAGUGAGGCAGAGCAGUGUCAGAUCAACGCUUCCAAGCUGCUGGUGCUCCUCAAUCUCUCACUCACCUACCUGAAACUGGAACGUCCUGCCCGAGCUUUGGCAUAUGGAGAGGCAGCCUUGGAGAUUGACCAGAGAAAUGCCAAAGCACUGUUCAGAUGUGGCCAGGCCUGUCUCUACAUGACACAGUAUGAAAAAGCCAGGGAUUUCCUGCUCAGAGCUCAGCACAGAGAGCCAUUUAACCACGAGAUUAAUGAGGAGCUGAAAAAGCUGGCCAGCUGCUACAAGGACUACAUGGAAGAGAAGAAAAAAAUGUGCUGCCGAAUGUUUGCCUCUCUCAGAUCAUCUGACUGA